AUGGGAACGGCAGUUACACCGGUAGAUUGCUACGUCGAGUUGUUACUACAGCAAAUGCUCCCGAACGAAGAAAGCAAAUGUACCAUCCACACGAAACAACACGGAGACAUUACCUUCACGAUGAAGCUGGUGCGCAUAGAGGGCCAGCAAUACUAUUACGAACAGACCGCCACUAGCACGCUCGAGCUUGCUAAACGCUACAAGGUUAACGGCGUGUUAAUGUACUCCAAGUAUCCAGCAUUUGCCCAAGCUUACUUUAAUCGUGCAGCCAAAUGCCUGCUUUCCUGGUCGCCUAUAGAACAAUUGGAUCCAGCUAUUGAGGGUCCCGGAACGAUCGAAGAAAUGCAAGCGUUGCUGCAAACACUACAACUCAACAUUUCCGCCUGUCUCAUCAAGGAGAACCGUUUCGAGGAGGCCCUACAUGUACUUCGCUUUAUCGAUCACCAGGAAAAGCCAUCGGAAAAAGCUAUCUAUAGGAGGGCACUGGCACAAUUUAGGAUAAAUCAGUUCAACGAAGCGAUUGCCACACUGGAGAAGAUCAACUAUGCCGCCAGCAAGGAGUGUGACGCACUGUACAAACAGAUCGUGGAGAAGAGGCAGCAAGAGACCAGCAAGUACUCAGCGAUGGUGAAGAAAAUGUUCGCCUAA